CUGUCAAAUUCGUCAAAAUUUGAUUCACAAAAAAUCCGAGCAGUGGGUUUUUUUACCGAAAAUUUACAUUUUACAGAAAUGUAAAGAAAGAAACAAGCAUCGGUUCAAACAUUCCACUUUGAGUAUUAUUACUGUGCUGUAAAAGUUGCAAGAACAACUUCUAAAAAUGAUGCAAUUCAUGUUAUUAUUCAGCCGACAAGGCAAGCUCCGUCUGCAAAAAUGGUACGUGGCUCAUCCAGACAAGUUAAAAAAGAAGAUAACUCGCGAGCUGAUCACCACAGUCCUGGCGCGCAAGCCUAAGAUGUGCUCCUUUCUUGAGUGGAAAGAUGUGAAAGUUGUUUACAAAAGAUACGCCUCCCUGUACUUCUGCUGCGCCAUGGAGCAGGAGGACAAUGAGCUGCUGACACUGGAGCUCAUCCACCGCUACGUGGAGCUGCUCGACAAGUACUUUGGCAGUGUGUGCGAGCUGGACAUCAUCUUCAACUUCGAGAAGGCGUACUUCAUCCUGGACGAGCUGGUGCUGGGCGGCGAGCUGCAGGAGACGUCCAAGAAAAACGUGUUGAAGGCCAUCGCCGCGCAGGACCUGUUGCAGGAGGACGAGACGGUGGAUGCGGCGCUGCGCGAGGUGGGACUGCUCUGAGGCUGCGCGUACGCACCCGGGGCUGCGACAAACUAAGCCGCCAAAUUUUGACAUAUUUGAGUAGAACUCUUGCGGGUUUAUUACAAAAAUAAUUAGGGUUUAAAUAACAGCGCAAUCUAAUUGCAAUCGUCUCUUCGAUCGGUCCUUCUCAUUACAUUAUUGUGUCAACGCGAAAUGUGUCAAUUGUCACGUUAUUUUAAGGCAGUGUUAAGCCUAUACCAGUUAUUUUUGUAAUAAAGCCGUUUAAUACAGACAAGAGUAUGAACAAACAGAAAUUAAGACAUUUUUUAAAUUAGUAGUAAUCAUCGUAUCUAUUGUAAAUAAUAGUUUGACGCACUGUCGUCCGUACAAUAGAUUACGGUGAAAGAAUAUGAAAAAGUUUGUAACGAACGAACCAUGUUGUACACACUGUUUUUUGGUUACAGUGCAUGCAACGGUUACAGCUCGCUAAUGAGUAGGUACCCGCCUAAAAAAGACACGUUUUUUAUGGACUUGAAUGUACAAUUAAGGUUUUAUAAAUUAUAAGAAUAAGAAUAUUUUUAUUGAUGUAACAUUUUAUAACUGUAACAUUUUAUAUUGAAAUUGUCUGUUUGUUCAUAUUUUUGGCUAAUGUUUUAUAGUCCACAUAACAGGCAACGAAACCUGUGCCUGAUUUUCUUCCCAAACGUGAUUCCAAUUUAUUAUUAGGUUAAAUAUUUUUAAAAAUUUAUAUGUAAAACUAGGUUUCGUAUAUUAUUAUCCCUUUGUAAUAUAAAUAUAAUAUGGAAUAUAAUGUAUGUAAAUAUUAAUAUUUUCGUAAACAUGACCAAAGUUUGAAAAAUUGUUGAUCGAUAACUUGCCAGAAUAAUAUGUAUAUUUUUGUUGUAUAAUUUAAAUUAAUUUAUAUUAGACGUUUAAUUUCUUAUGAAAAUUCGAAUUUACAAAAUAUCGAAAUAUUUUUACCUAUUAUGAGUACCUUUGUUUUUAUAGAUUAAGGUUUUUUGAUUAUUUUUUUACAUAGUUUAAUUGCGUUAUCAUACUUUGUUUUUGAUAUAAUAUAUUUACUGACCUCUCCAUUCGAUUUGGAAGAUGGUAACCACAGAUGUUGGACUACUACUCCAAAUAAAGUGCCAUUCUGUAAUAAAAAGCAUUGAUUUUCUUUGGAGACAGUAUAUAUACAAGUGACGUUACACAUUAUAUUAUUAUUUCCAUAUUGACCACAGUGAAGUGUUAAAGUAUAUAAAAAGUAGAUUCUUUGAUGGUGUCUAUCUAUACCCUAUUUCUUAUGGUUUUUGUCCUUGUUUUUGCAGUUUAUUCUGCGUUAUAUUCACUGGAUUUAAAUGUUUAUUUUUAUAAGUAUUAAAGACUAAGAGAGAUCUUAAAAAGUACCUUGGUAAUUUUAUAAACAAAACGAGUACCUAUGAAAUAUUCAGUGUUGUAAUAUUCCUUUAAUUAAAAUAUAUCUUACAAAAUAUUUUAUGAUAUGACAUACCAUUUACAAGUAGUUUACUAUGAAUGUAAAUAAGUUAAAAGUAAUUUUAUAUAGCUUAAACGUUUUUUAAUAUCAGUACAUUAGUAUAUUCGACAUGUUGAAUGUGCAAUAUCAAUUUAAUGCAACUUUGGUGCGCGUUGUGCUGAUUUGACAGUUGUCCUUUUUAUAAAAAUAUUAUUGCUUAGAUUUAAUAAACGUGUUAUAUUA